CGCUUUUAGGAAGAAGCCUUUCUAGAACAAGGCAGGGGCAGAAUUGCUGGAGUUGAAGCUUAAAUUGCCUUCAAAGAAGAAGGGGCACCAAGAGGUGGAAAUUAUCCAGGACAGCUGUUCUACUUUAUGAAAAAUGCAGGGCAAGUAGAAACGGCAGCAGAAAACUAGAAAGCACCCAUGAAGAUUUCAAUACGCAGAAAUCAGAACAGUCGAUACAACAGGUAGAAAGACCCACAAGGUGAGGAUAACGUCCACUUGAGUAGCAUUCAGCACUUAGGUGAUUUCUUCCUGGAUCCUGCUAUCCUGCUACGAUCUGUCUUUCAUUUUAGCAGGGACGUUUGGGGCAACAACCCAGUGCAAAUUCUGUAAAUAAGACCUUUGGACCUAGGCGGAUCGUGCCAGGCUAGGAUGCCAUGGGAGAGCCCUUUCUACCAGUCUGCUGACCCUUGAUGUGCUUUUCAGCUGAAGGCAAGACGUCCGUCAUGCAGUUCAAGCGCUGGCUCCCCCAGGUGGGGGCCCAGUACAGCCGAGUGAAGCCCAGAGCCCCCAAAGGGAGGAGCAGGGGAGCUGCAUCGCUGGCGGCGCAGCUGGACGUCGUGUCAGGGAGCAGCCCUCUCCUUGAACGAAUAUUUCACGUAGACCGGACUCGGUGCUCCUUGGCAUCUCCUCUCAGGACCUUCACCUGUUACCAGGGAAUGUUACAAGGGGCAGCAUCUCAGCCUGCUUCCCUCAGGCCGAACCAGGCAGCGCUGAAGAACGUAGCAACUUCUGAAGCCAUCCAAAGACACAAGAAAAGCCUGGCUGAUUGGUUUCGCCUGCAGCCCAAUGAGGAGAGACAGUUCGGCCCUUCCUUUGCGCUGGAUGCUAUCCACAUCAAUCCAGUGAUCCGGGAGAGUUCCCUGGAGGAAAUCUUGAAACCCUCUCCAGAUCUGACGAUCCAGAACCAGCUCCAGGCCUCUUGCUGUCAUACCAUUGGUCUCCAGAACCUUUUCGACAUGGAUCCCUGUGGACAGCAAGUGAGGAAUGUGGUUCUCUAUGGGACGGUGGGCACAGGGAAAAGCACCCUCAUCAAGAAGAUGGUGAUGGACUGGUGCCAUGGGCGCCUUCCCCGUUUUGAGCUGCUGCUUCCCUUCUCCUGUGAAGACCUUUCCCAGGGCAACACGCCCCUCUCUUUGCGCCGCCUAAUUACCAAGAAAUACCUCCACCUCCGGGACGUGGCCCCACUGCUUGGCUCCAGCAACCUCAAAGUGCUCUUCAUCCUCAACGGCCUUGACCGCCUCAACUUAGACUUCCGCCUGGCCCGCACUGAGCUUUGUUGCGACCCCAAUGAGCCCAUCUUGCCGUCUGCUAUUGUAGUCAACCUGCUCAGAAAGUACAUGAUGCCUGAGGCAAGCAUCAUUGUCACUACGCGCCCUUCGGCAGCACGUCGGAUCCCCAGCAAGUUUGUGGGACGCUAUGUUGAAGUCUGUGGCUUCUCUGACCUCAAUCUCCAGAAGCUUUACUUCCAGAUGCGCCUACGGCAGCCUGAGUGUAUUGGAAUCUCUGGUCCCCCCACAGCAGAGCAGGCAAGUGAGCAGGACAACCUUGUGGAGAUGCUUUCAAGGAAUCUGGAGAGGCACAACCAGAUUAUGGCUGCCUGCUUCCUUCCUUCUUACUGCUGGCUGGUGUGCACUACCUUGCACUUCCUUUAUUUUACCAAGACAGUACCUCCGGCUCAGACUCUCACGGGGAUCUACACCAGCUUCCUACGGCUCAACUUCAGUGGGGAAGUGCUGGAUAGCACAGAUCCCUCCAACAUCUCCAUGAUGAAGUAUGUGGCCAAGACAGUGGGCAAGUUGGCCUAUGAGGGGGUGAUGUCUCGACAGACUUGCUUUACAGAGAAGGACCUCCGCCGCUGCUUUGAGGUGGAGAUGAAGACCGAGAGUGAGCUUAACCUUCUGAACACCUUCCGAAGGGAUGUCUUCCGCUUCUUUUUGACCCCCUGUGUGCAGUCAGGCAAGGAGCACACUUUUGUCUUCACCAUUCCUGCCAUGCAAGAAUACUUGGCAGCUCUGUACGUGGUCUUGGGGGAGAAGAAGACCCUGGUGCAACGGGUGGGCAAGGAAGUCUCUGAAGUUAUUGGAAAAGUGAGUGAAGAUGUGGCUCUGGUGCUCAGUGUAGUUUCCAAAUUCUUGCCAUUGCGCAUCCUGCCACUUCUCUUCAAUCUCAUCAAGAUCUUCCCCCGCUAUUUCAGCCGGUUCGGUGGCAAGGACCGUGACACCAUCGCCCGCACCAUGGCUGUGGAGAUGUUCAAAGAGGAGGACUACUUCAACGAUGAUGUCUUGGACCAGAUCAACUUCAGUAUUCUUGGGGUGGAAGGCCCCAUGCGCCACCCAGAUGAAGCCUCUGAUGAUGAGGUCUUUGAACUCUUCCCCAUCUUCAUGGGUGGGUUGCUGUCACGGCGUAACAGGGCCAUCUUGGAUCAGCUGGGCUGUCCUAUCAAGAACCUGGCUGCUUUCGAGAUUGCCAAGGCAAUGAAGAAAACGGUCAUCCGAAAUAGCCGUAAGGGCUUGCCACCAUCUGAACUGAUGGACUACCUCUUCUUUUUGCACGAGUUCCAAAAUGAACGUUUCACAGCUGAGGCUAUCCAAUCCUUGAGGACCAUCAACCUCUCUUCAGUGAAGAUGACUCCUCUGAAAUGUGCAGUCCUGGCCUCAGUUGUGGGCACCACAAGCCACAAUGUGGAGGAGCUAAAUCUUGCCUCUUGCCAUCUUGACGUUGGCAGCCUGAGGACCCUCUUCCCAAUCUUGCGACGAUGCAAGAAACUCCACUUGCAGCUCAACAGUCUGGGGCCAGAGGCGUGCAAGGAGAUCCGGAAUCUGCUUCUGCACGACAAAUGUGUGGUAAACACCUUACGGCUUGCUGACAACCCACUGACAGAGCAGGGGGCCCUCUACCUUGCUGAAGGCCUGGCAGGCAACAGCUCUUUGAAGAAUCUCUCGCUCCUUCACACCUCUCUGGGGAACCAGGGCGUGAAGGUGAUCACCCAGCACCUGGCUCAGAACCAGCACCUGCAGGAGCUCGAUGUGGCCUACAACUCGUUGACCGAUGAAGCUGCACUGGCCCUGGUAGAGGAGGCCAAGAAACACGCGACGCUGGAAACGUUGCACCUGUACUUCAAUGAGAUCAGCGAAGAAGGCAAGCAAGUUCUACAUGAGUUGCGCAAGGACCCUGAUGGCAUCAAAGUGCUCAUUUACCUGACCAUGGGAGCAGACGUGUCCGACUACUGGGCCAUCAUUCUGAACGUGGUCCAGAAGAACCUGCCCAUCUGGGACCGGGAGCGGGUGCAGCAGCACCUGGGGUUGCUGCUGGAAGAUCUGCAGUGCAGCCGCCGCCAGACGGUCAACCCCUGGAAGAAAGUCAAGUUCAUGAGGGUAGAGGGUGAGGUCAAGAGGAUGCUGGGUCACAUGGAGCGAGGCGCCCUUUGACCCUCUGGUCCUUGGAGCUGUCUGGAAGCAGAGCGCUGGAUUGCCGACAUGCGGGCUUCUUACCAUGCCAUUGAAACACUGGUUGACUCAGAUGCCGGGGCAAAUCUGGUUGGCCACCAUUGGUACUGGACAGUUGGCUGAUCCCACUUCAGGGUUCUUUUAACUUUGUUAUGAAACUAAGUUGGCAGAUACAGGUAGUCCUUGACUUAUGACCACAGUUGGGACUGGAAUUUCCAUCGUAAGCUGUUGUGGUCGUAAGUUGAGUCACCACAUGACCGGACCCAAUUUUACAACCAUUUUUAUGGCAGUUGUUAAGUGAACCACUGUGGUCAUUAAGCAACUCUAGCUUCCCCAAUGGGUGUUUUUUGCCAGAAAAUGGCAAAAAAGUUGCAGAACACAAUCGUGUGACCGUGAGAUGCUGCAACUGGUCAUAAAUGCGAGCCAGUUGCCAAGUGCCCAAAAUGCGAUCAUGUGACUGCAGGGGGGUGCAACGUUUUGCAACACUCGGAAGUGCUUUACAAGCCGUAAAGCACCCACGCUGAGGACGUUGUAAUUUCAGGCCAUCAUUAAAUGAACGGUUGUAAGUCAAGGACUACCUGUACUGUAGACACAUCUGCAAAACAAAGACUGAAUCAGUUAUCCACCUCACAUAUCAUGUGGUCUCCUGCCUUAAUCUCAUCUCUAUGUUUGUUGGUUUAAAUCAGCCUUUGCAGCCUGUUGCCUUCCAGGCAUGUUGGACUACAGUGCCCAUCACUUCCAGUUUGCAUGGCUGUAGUCUGUUACAUCUGGAGGGCAGUAAGUUGCAGAAAGGGGAUUCAUACAAACUUUUGUCGUUUUAUAGCACGUGGUGUGCAUUUUUUAACAUAAACAACACAGGAGCUGAGUGCAGGAUCACUUUGUGACAUCCCGGGUGCUUGCCAUUUGGUGCUAUGCAUAGUUGUUCCAGACCAUCUGGACUGACUUUCCCGUAGUUUACUCUGGGGAGAAAAUGGUUUAGUUUCGGUUGAUACUAAAUUAUAAAAGUGGUCUUGCCAGUUAAAUGAUA